AUGCCAGAAAAAACACUUCCGAUCUACCAAUCUUCAGCCAAGAAGAACCACAGGUCGUCCUGGAGUAGAGUAUUACUCUCAAUUGCAGCUUUCUCAGCUGUGGUCGGCUGGUGGGCAUAUUCUUCUUCCAUCACUCAUACUUCGCCUUUGGCAUCUUUCCUGAAAAUUGAUCUUUCGUCUGUCUUCGGAACCUUUUCCGAACCUUUGACAUCUUCUGGAUUAUGUCCGACAGUUGAAAAGUUGGAUCCUCUGGAGUUUUUGUAUAACAAUGAGACACUUGACAGAAUUCUCCACGACGAAGCUUUCAAAGCGAAGUCUCGGGAGCGUCUUCUUGGAGCUAUUCGUGUUCCAACUGAGCUGUACGAUGACUUGUUGAAUCCGAAUUCUGCAGACACUUUGGAAGACCUAUUAGAGAUAGAACCAAGGUGGAAGCCUUUCAUUCCCUUCCACAAGUACUUGGAAGAUACCUUUCCUUUGGUUCACAAGAAUUUGAAGGUUGAGAAAGUCAACAAGUUUGCUUUGGUUUACACUUGGGAAGGUUCUUCUAACAAGAAACCAAUUCUUUUGGCUGCUCAUCAGGAUGUCGUUCCUAUCCAGAAGGAAUCGCUUGACCAAUGGGAUUAUCCUCCGUACGAAGGUGGGUAUGAUGGAGAAUGGUUGUACGGGAGAGGAAGUGCUGAUUGCAAGAGCUUGUUGAUUGGUUUGCUUGAAACAAUAGAACUCUUAUUGGAAGAAGGACACUUCAAUCCUCAGAGAACAAUUGUUCUAGCAUUUGGUUACGAUGAAGAGUCAGCUGGAACAGGAGCUGAGGAAAUUUCAAAGCAUUUGCUUAAAAGGUACGGUCCUGACUCGUUUAUGCAGAUUAUUGACGAAGGCAGUGAAGGCUAUGUUCAAUUGGAUGAAGGUGGAGUUAACUAUAUCAUUCCUUGCACCAGCGAAAAGGGCCAUUUAGACUCUGUGAUAGAGUUGUAUACACCUGGUGGUCAUUCUUCAGUACCUCCCGACCAUACAUCGAUCGGUAUCUUGGCAAGAUUGAUUGCAAAUAUCGAAGAUAAGCAAUUCGACAGCAUUCUUACCAGAAACAAUCCUCUUUUACACAUGUUGUACUGUUAUGCAGAUUACUCGACAGAACUUGACGACUCUUUAAGAUCGGAUAUCUACAAAGCACAUUUGGAUGUAAAGUCUAACGAAAAUGUCAUAGAAUUUAUCAAUAACUCCCUCAAGCACAAGUAUAUCAUUACUACUUCUCAAGCCGUUGAUGUCAUCGGUGGAGGAGUCAAGGCUAACGCAUUGCCUGAGCAUGUAUCGGUAUUAGUCAACCACAGAAUUGCUGUAGAAGAAAGUGUUGCUGUGGUUGUGGACAAAAUUGUUGGUCAAGUAAAAGAAAUUGCCGAAAAGUUUAGCUUAGGUGUAAUUGUCGAUGGGAAAGUCAUUAUUGAACCCACAGAUAACGGCCAUUUUGUAUACAAUACUGUGGGAGCAUUGGAACCAGCACCUGUAACUCCUAAUAAUGGCCAUGUUUGGGAAACAUAUGGUGGCGCUUUACGUUACCUCUAUGAAGAUUUGAUCUUUCCUGAAUCAAGCGAGCCCUUCGUGUUUGCUCCUAUCAUUGGAACAGGUAAUACAGACACAAAGUCUUAUUGGGACUUGACUAAACAAAUUUAUAGGUACCAACCUGGGUUAGGACAAGUGGAAGAAAAUGCCCAUACCGUGAAUGAAAAGAUUCAGCUUCAAUCUCAUUUCACCAUCAUCUCAUUUUACUACUAUUACUUGCAACUUGCUGACAAGUUGAGCGAUGAAUAA